AUGCAAAAGGAAGAAUCUGAACAGGAGGACCGAAGUGUUCUGGACAAAGUGAUCAAAAACAUAAGCAAGCAACUGUCAGUACGACGCUUGAAGCGCACAUUUAAGGAACCAAACGGAAACGAGUCUGGAUCACCUCAAGGUGGGUCUAGCGGCGCAUUUGAGGAGGAUGGACAGGUGUAUCUGAACUUUUCUGAUGUUGAUUCUGCUCUAUUCAUGCAGCCGCCCCAACCACAAUCUAGUUUGAUGUCAAUUUUAGUUGGUGCAUUUGUUGCUGUUGGCGGAUUUUUAUAUGGAUACGAUACAGGGCUCAUCAACAAUAUAACGGAAAUGAACUACGUCAAAAAGAAUUUUGCGUCUAAUCAAGAUCAAUUUACUGCCAAAGAGAUGUCUAUAUUAGUAUCUUUUUUAUCAUUGGGUACAUUUUUUGGUGCCCUAGCCGCGCCAUUCAUAUCGGACUCGUAUGGUAGAAAAGCCACCGUUAUCUUCAGCACGUUCUUCGUUUUUAUGAUUGGGAAUACUUUACAAGUUGCGGCUCAUAAUACAACCUUAUUGGUCGUCGGACGAGUUCUGUCUGGCGUUGGUGUGGGCUUUAUCUCUGCCGUUGUUCCACUAUAUCAAGGUGAAGCCGCACAGAAAUGGAUUAGAGGUGCGAUAAUUUCGACAUACCAAUGGGCUAUCACUUGGGGGCUACUAGUAUCAAGCGCUGUAUCUCAAGGCACUCAUAACAGAGACAACGCAUCAUCAUACAGAAUACCGAUUGGUCUCCAAUACGUCUGGUCGUCUAUUUUAGGUGUUGGCAUGCUUUUUCUUCCCGAGAGUCCCCGUUAUUACGUUCUCAAAGAUAGGCUAGACCGAGCUGCAAAAUCCCUGUCUUUUUUGAGAGGUGUACCCGAGUAUGACUCUGCUCUUUUGGAAGAACUGGUUGAAAUCAAAGCCAACUACGAUUAUGAGAUGUCCUUUGGAAGUUUCUCAUACUUAGAUUGCUUCAAAGCAAGCAAAAGCCGUUCUAAGCAAAAGCUUAGAAUGUUUACAGGAAUUGCAAUACAGGCAUUUCAACAGUUUUCAGGGAUAAACUUCAUAUUCUACUAUGGCGUUAACUUCUUCAGCAAAACGGGUGUUAGUGAGAGCUAUUUAGUGUCAUUCAUCACAUAUGCUGUGAAUGUGGGGUUCAAUAUUCCUGGGCUAUUUCUGGUCGAAUACAUGGGAAGGAGGAAAAUUCUCAUUGUAGGUGGCAUUUUAAUGACGAUCUCAAAUUUCAUAAUUGCUAUCGUUGGUUGUCUGACAGAUUCGGUUGUGGCGGAUAAGGUUAUGAUUGCAUUUAUCUGUGUCUUUAUUGCUGCCUUCUCUGCCACAUGGGGUGGUUGCGUUUGGGUCAUUUCCGCAGAACUUUAUCCUUUGGGGGUUAGAUCAAAAUGCACAGCCAUCUGUGCUGCUUCAAAUUGGCUUGUAAAUUUCAUAUGCGCUUUCAUCACCCCUUAUUUGGUUGACACGGGUUCGCACACUUCAUCUUUGGGUACUAAAAUCUUUUUCAUCUGGGGUAGUUUGAAUGCUACGGGAGUCAUAAUUGUUUACCUAACCGUUUAUGAGACGAGAGGGUUAACUUUGGAAGAAAUUGAUCAACUAUAUAGACUUUCGCCCAACAGUAUCUCAUCCGACUCAUGGAACAAGAAAUUACGCGAAUCGCCCGGGAAUGUGUAUAUCGUGAAGGACAGUAAUUUUCACUCAGAAAAUGAGUCUGAAGUACAUUCUAAUGUAUCCCAUAGAGGUGCGGACUCUUCCAGCUCUGGGAACGAUGGCCAACAAUCUCAAGGGGAGAACGCUCUACAAUCGAGCGUGGCCGAUUCCAACUUCGAAGAUUCCUCUCCAUCGAAAGGAAACGACAGCCCAAGUCACAAUUAUGUUGAUUUGGGAAAUGGAUUGGCGUUAGCAACCUACAAGAGAGGACCUCCCUCCUUACUCAUGAACUCUAGUGACGACGAAGAUGUCGAAGGCGGGUCCUUUCACUACGAGGGCGACAAAGACGAUAAUAGAAACAGUUUAAACGAGUACAUGGCACAGUUGGUAAACAGCUCGAGUCAUGGUAGCAGCAGUAAUAAAAGUAUUACUCAUAAAAGCUUUCAAGCACUUUCUCUGAAUGCCUACACCGGGGGAACACCAAAUGUCGACAACUCAAGAAACACUAAUGAACAAAUGGAGGAAGAACAAUUUCAAAGGGCAAAAGCAUAA